CUUUUUUUUUCCUGCGCUGUCGCUAAUCCUGGAACGCGUGCCUACAGCUUGUGUAUAUUGCCGUCGUUCUCAUAUGACAUGCGACUUGGAAAGACCUUGCGCCCGUUGUAUAAAGCGAAACAUCGGCCACCUCUGCCACGACGAGCGACGCGAAUCAGACUCGUCCACGAAGAAAGUGAAGGCGCGACAAAGCACCGCUGGCGAAGAUGAAGACGGCGCAACUGCAGAGCCCACCCAGCCAGCAGAAAGCGGUAUGAGCAGCUCGCUCGACCAGCGCGUCGACCAGGCACGCGAGGACGCCUUGGUGGGAGUCGGCACCGCGUCGAUGCCACCACAACAAGCGCCGCUCCAGAUCGUGCAACCGUCGCCCGUUUCGGGCGCACAGGCAAACGCGUUGAGUAGAACGAGUGGGCGCUUCAUUGGAGACCGACCGAGCGAUUGGCCUGGGGCGCAGAGCCAAUACCAAGACAUGCAUAACUACCAUCCCUCCUAUAUGUUUAACACUUCGGAAUUCACGAACGAGUUUAACCUGCUCAAUGAUUUUUUGAAUAACAGCCUUCUCGACGACGGCGGACUGCUCGAGGGCGACGCUGCCCACUUCUACAACGAUCAAUCCCUUCUCAUGUCCAGCGGUAUGAAUAACAACGGGAUACCCGCCAACUUCCAGCAGAACGCCGUGCAGGCGAGCAAUCAGAAUGGGAAGGCCAUCUCGAGGCCUGCAAGCGCCAUGCCCACUGACAAGGCCAAAGAAUACUACCUCCAGGCUGCAGAUCCGACCGGUAACGACACACCCGAAGAGCGAAUGAACCGUCUGCUACAAGCGAAGUACGACGCAGGCAUGCUGAAGCCGUUUAACUACGUGAGAGGCUACGCACAGCUCUCGUCCUACAUGGACGUUCACAUCAACGCCGCGUCGAAGCAGAAGAUCCUGCGCCAGCUCGACCGAUUCCGACCCAAGUUCAGAGAGAAGGUGCAGAAGCUGACGGAUAUCGAGCUGAUCUACGUCGAGAUGUGGUUCGAGAAGACGCUGAUGGAAUACGAUCGCGUUUUUGCCAGUAUGGCGAUACCGGCGUGCUGCUGGCGAAGAACGGGCGAGAUUUUUAGAGGGAACAAGGAGAUGGCUGAGCUCAUCCAUGUGCCGAUCGAGCAGAUGCGGGAUGGCAAAAUUGGGAUCCACGAGAUACUGACGGAAGACUCCCUGGUCAACUACUGGGAGAAAUUCGGUGCCAUCGCCUUCGACCAGAAUCAGAAGGCUCUCUUGACGAGUUGUUCACUGAAGAAUCCGGUCGAGGGCUCUACAGACAAGCCCAUAAAAUGCUGUUUUUCAUUCACGAUACGGAGAGACGAGAACAAGAUACCCACCCUUAUUGUUGGAAACUUCCUACCACAAUAGAGCAUCAGGUAGGAAAGGCGUAAUGAUAAAAUUAAAAAGCGCGAUCAAAAAAAUAGAAGUUUCUAGGAGUAGGGAAAGGCAACAUUCUGGAUUUUAUACGCAUGGCUCGUUUCCUUGGUAUAUCUGAGGCAUAAUCGUCGGCGGGGAGCCACUAAGACGUUUUGGGUUGAGGCCUGUUCUGAGGGGAGUGUGUUGAUGACCCUCGUGGGUUUUGUACUUCUUCUGUAGGUAGAGCUCGGUUUAUAUCUGCGCAUUCUUUCUCCGCGAAAUAGAAUAUGUGAUCUUCCGUACUAUACUAUACUUGUUCCAUCUGUGAGGUUUCUAUAUGACGUUCAUUUGUACUUGUG